AUGGGUGUCAACGGCCUCUGGACCGUGAUCCAGCCGUGCGCGCGGCCCACGAACCUCGCCACCCUCAACCGCAAGCGCCUUGCGGUCGAUGCUUCCAUCUGGAUAUACCAAUUCCUCAAGGCCGUCCGCGACAAAGAGGGCAAUGCGCUGCGCAACUCGCACGUUGUCGGCUUCUUCCGCCGCAUCUGCAAGCUCCUCUGGUUCGGCAUCCUGCCCGUCUUUGUCUUCGACGGCGGCGCCCCGGCCCUGAAGCGCGCCACCUUGCAGAAACGACAGCGCCGUCGAGAGGGCCGGCGCGAAGAUGCCGUUAGGACCGCGGGGAAGCUGUUGGCCGUGCAGAUGCAGCGCUUCGCCGUCGAGGAGGAAGACAGGAGGAAGAGGGAGCAAAACGGCGACAUCGCCGCGCGGGAGGCCCGGCUGCAGGAGGAGGAUGCUCUCAAUACCAACGACGUCGUUUACCUAGACGAAAUUGGCAUGUCGCAAAAGGAAAAGGCGCAGUCGAGGAGAUUCCACAAGCAAGAUGCAUAUCACCUACCGGAACUCGACGGCGGCAUUGCGUCCAUGGGCAGGCCCGACGAUCCGCGAAUCAUGAGUGUUGAUGAGCUGGAGGAGUAUGCGCGACAGUUCAACAACGGGGAAGACGUCAAUCUUUACGACUUUAGCAAGAUUGACUUUGACGGCGAAUUCUUCAAGAGUCUCCCGCCCCCAGACAGAUACAAUAUCCUCAAUGCCGCCAGGUUGAGGAGUCGCCUGCGAAUGGGUCUAAGCAAGGACCAGCUGGACGACAUGUUCCCGGACCGCAUGGCCUUUUCGAGGUUCCAGAUCGAGAGGGUCAAAGAACGAAACCACCUCACCCAACGGCUCAUGUUCGAGGUGGGCAUGCAGGGCACGGAUCUGACACUGGGCGUCAACGCGCGCGUCGCGGGGGAAAAGGACCGCGAGUAUAUUCUCGUCAAAAAUGAGGGCGCCGAGGGAGGUUGGGCCCUGGGGGUGGUGAGCAAAGAAAAGGACAUCGGGGAGGCGCACAAGCCCAUCGACGUAGACGCCAUCGAAAUCCAGUAUCAGACCAAGGAUGACGAAGAUGAUGAGGAAGACAACGACUUUGAGGACGUGCCAAUCGAGGGCCUCAACCGCCUCCCGAAGCCAAAACCCACGGCGUCAGGCAGCGCGAGCUUCCAGGACGCACGCGACAUCUGUGAGGGGAAGCAGCAGUUCUACGAUGGUCAACAAAACGUGCUCGCCAACGAUGAGGGCGACGGCGAAGAAUCUCUCUUUGUAGGUGGCAACACGGGUGAAGCGAAUGCCCUGCUUCGGAGCAGGCCGGAAGACCAAAUGCAUCCCGAGGAAGAGGAUGAUAUCAGCCGGGCAAUCGCCCUCUCGUUAAAGAACCAGCACGAUCUUGACCAAGAACCUGCCGAGGAGGAGCUUGAUGGGGAAUCCGCCGAGGAGCCGGAGUGGACGCAAAAGGCCGUGGAAGCCUCGAGACCGAUCAAGGGUAAUGGCGGUUCCAUGAUUGCUCACGUUGUAAACAACCGAGCCAACGCCGCGGUGCCAAAGCGCAAAGAGGAGCUUGCCGACAGUGACAGAGAUGACGAUUUGCAGGCCAUCUUGGCGAGAUCCAGGAAGGGAAAGGUCGCCCAGCCAAGGCCGGUUUUUGAAAACAAGAAGAAUCCUUUCGAUGGACCGCUUCCAUUUCCCAAGCUCGACUGGAAGUCGUCUGUCUUUGUGAAGAAGGCGGCUCAGAAAGAAGACGGGGCCGCCAAGCAGGACAGUGGUGCUCAAGAGGACACUGGGCCAGAAGAAGACAUGGGCGGCGGAUUUGAAGUUGAGUCCCGGGGUCAAGAUGGCCCCAAGCCUCUCCCUCCUUGGCUGGCGGACGACACGGAUAUCCGGGAGUCUCUGAAAAAGCAACACGAUGUGGAGAGGGAGAUUAAUGCCGAAGACCGGCAGGAGGCCGAAGAAGAGCAACGACUCAGACGUCGAAACAUGGAGAGCCGGCUGAUUGAAAUUGACUCGUCAUCUGAUGGCGGCAGCGAUAUUGAAAUCGUUGAGGAGCCCCCUUCUCCCAGGCGACCGGGAGGUGCCGAAUCCGCAAGCCUCGGCACCGCCCCCGACGAGAAGCAAUCAUCGGAAGUUGCGGGCGUGGAGAGUUUAGUUCCGGAAGCAAUUGCAGGUGUCAAAACCCCUCGCGGUGUCGAUGUGCAGGAGAUGCCUCUGGCAGAAUCCAAAGAGCCUUCGCCAUCUCCCGAGCCGGAAUUCGAGGACGUGCUCGCAGCGGUACCACCGUCAGCUACGCAAGCUACUCGACGGAGCGAGUCGCCCCUAUUUGGGGAUGUUGCGGCUGCCGAAACCCAGGCGUCUCUAGAUGCUCUAAAUCAGGCAAACUAUGACGAUGCAUUCGCCGAAGCGGAUGAUGACGAGUACAGCGACCCUGAAGACGAGGAGCUAUUGAGGCAAAUGGCCGAGGAGGCCGAAGAGCACGCCCGCUUCGCCAGUGAGUUGAACCAAAAGCCUGCGGCACAGAACAGGGAAGACUACGAAAAGGAGUUGAGGGCAUUGCGAAGUCAGCAGAAGAAGGACCGCCGUGACGCAGAUGAGGUCACGCAGGUGAUGGUGACUGAAUGCCAGUCACUGCUCCGCCUAUUUGGCAUUCCCUACAUCACGGCGCCGAUGGAGGCAGAGGCGCAGUGCGCGGAGCUGGUCAAUCUCGGCAUCGUCGACGGCAUCGUGACCGAUGACUCGGAUACGUUUCUGUUCGGCGGGACGCGUGUCUACAAGAACAUGUUCAACAGCAACAAGUUUGUCGAGUGCUACCUCGGUGCUGAUCUUGAGAAGGAGCUGUCGCUGUCGAGGGAGCAACUGAUCUCUCUCGCCCAGCUGCUCGGAUCUGACUACACAGAGGGCUUGUCCGGGGUUGGACCGGUCACGGCCGUCGAGAUUCUGUCCGAAUUCCCCGGCAAAACGGGGCUCGAGGAGUUUCGGGACUGGUGGACGGCCGUCCAAAGCCAGGCCGGCCCCAAAGAGGCCGACGCCUCGUCACAGUUCCGCAGGAAGUUUCGCAAGUCACAAGCCACGAAGCUAUUUCUGCCCGUCGGGUUUCCCAACCCAGCCGUAUUCGACGCGUACCUCCACCCGGAAGUGGACGACAGCGCCGAGGUGUUCCAGUGGGGCGUGCCAGACGUGGAGGGCCUGCGGCGAUUCCUCAUGUCGACGAUUGGGUGGAGCAAGGAGCGGACUGAUGAGGUACUGGUGCCGGUGAUUCGCGACAUGAACAAGCGGGACGUCGAGGGCACGCAGAGCAACAUUACUCGAUACUUUGGCGGCAGCGUCGGGCCCAUUGCGACCAUCGGCGCGCGCGCUCUCUACCACGCACACGAGGACAAAGGACAUCGGCAUCGCGUCUGGGGCAUCGUCGUCGUCAUGGACCAACGCGAGCUCGAGUCGCGCGUCAAGGCGCUGACCAAGUCGGUCGCUGCCAACGAGCCGCCGGAGAACGCCAUCAAGCUGCUGGACAUGCUCAAGAAGGAUGCCGCCCCGACCGAGGAGAUGCUGCGGGCCACCCGCGCCGGCGUCUUUGUCGGAAAACUACGCUCGAACCCCAACAAGGAAAUCGCCAGAGCCGCGGCGGAGCUCGUCAUCAAGUGGAAGAAGCUCGUGGAGCAAGAGAAGAACUCGAAGCUCCACAAGGCCAAGAUCGGCUCCCCAGCUGCCGUCCCCGUCUCGCUGCCCUCGGGCCCCGCCCCCGGUUCCAAAAAGGCCUUUAUCGGCGACCCUGAGAAGCGGAAGUUUGACACUGAUGGAGUAGAUAUAAAGCGCACCGACUCCAACGUCCGCAACCAGUGCAUCGGCCUCGUCUACAACGGCCUUGCCUUCCGCUCCACCGAUCCCCCGUCGGAUGUUAUGGCCAAGGCGGUGGCGGUGGAGCAGGCUGUCAUGGACGCCUUCAAGGGCGAAAAUGCCGAGUACAAGAAGAAGAUUCGAUCGCUCUUCUCCAACCUCAAGACCAAGACCAACAAGGAGCUUGGACGACGGGUCCUGACGGGCGACAUCUCACCCGAGCGGUUCGCCACCAUGACCGACGACGACCUCAAGAGCGAUGACCAGCGCAGAAAGGACAAGGAGCUCGAAAAGGAAAACAUGAAGAAGGCGCAGGUUCCCAUGGCCGAAAAGAGCAUCAGCGAAAGUCUCGAGUGCGGCCGUUGCAAGAAGAAGAAAGUCAGUUACACGCAGGCACAAACCAGGGCUGCUGAUGAACCGAUGACGACCUUUUGCGAAUGCAUGAACUGUGGCAACCGCUGGAAGUUCUCCUGA